AUGGGGAUCGUCGUUAGCGAAGAUGGCAACGUGGGUGGUCCUAUCGAGCAACAGAAAAUCGAUAAUAUAGCCGCGGAGAAUGACUAUGGUUUGAUCAUGGCCACUCUGGACCAAGUUUCGGUAUUUCUUGGCUCAUGGUGGACCACAUCACUUCUGGGCCGAAUACAAACCUUUAGGAGCUAUACGGAUCUCCCCUUGCUAAGCAUAGUAAGACACGAACGCGCGGCUUAUGGGAUUCUGGGUUUCUACUUUGCUGGGAUUCCAGCAUGGGCGGUGUCCACCUGUAUAUCUUUCUGUCGACACCAUCCCCUGGAACGCUUGAUUGCUUCUAUCCAGAAUCACUUCUCGAACGAUGAUUUCGGAUCAAAGCUUGUGCGGGCAAUGUUGAACGUUCUACACUCUGCGACAAGAGGAACAUUGCUGGUCCUAGGUAUACAGACAUACAUGUACUCCCUCUUACAGUCUCUCCACCUUGUUCAUUCCUAUUCCAUGCCUGGGCUCAAAUUCUUUCUACCCUUUGGAGAAUUGGCCGCUAUGCAACUACCAAAGUUGCCCGCACAGCUCUCGGUUCAAUCUCUGAGUGGAUUCGUCUGGAAUUUUUUGAAGACCCCAUCUCUAUUGGUCUACAUCUAUGUCUACCUCCGCCCAGUAUUCGAAAUCAGACUUUAUCGCUUCAUUCGCCGCAGAUUGCCAAAGCCUAUCUAUGCUGAUGAGCUUUCCGUCAAAGUGGCGUAUGAGAAUGACCUUGUCGAUUGGAUGAUGCCAGCUCUUGGGCGUCGAUCCGAGGAAGAAAACCGUCGCAGUAAUAUGUCCUUCACGGAAGACUUGGUUUACGAGAUCAACUUUCUCCGUGCCUGGGUGCUAUCGUGGUUCGGCUUUAAAUCUCUACGAACGGCGCGAGCAUCGGAGCAAGCAGCAGACGCCCGUCGCAGGCCAGAGUGGCUCGAGGCUCUACCUCAAAGCAUCGAGCAAUUACAGCAUGAACGUCUAUCUCGGACCCGGCGACCACGGAGACGGUCAUCCGAGCCUCCACUCAUUGAGGGUCAAAGGAAUCAUAACCGCCCUCGCUCUAGUUCCCCAAGUCGACGAUCCACCGGUCAAGAACUGGGGCCGGGUAUAGACUUCGGCGGUAACCAAGUUCUUACGAAUGAAGAGAACCGUAUGUCUCAGUCGCCGACAGAAAUGAGUAGUGGGGAUUUUGCGGAGAUGGCCCCUUUACGACGCGCCAGAACUAUGCCUCCACCUGACGACUCAUCGACUUUGGCGAACGCAGAGUCGCAGCGCGGUGAGGCCAGUGAAACCCAGCGCAAUUCGCGAUCAAAUACCCUUUUCUCUCGCCCAUCAUCACCUGAGACCUCUUCUCCAGGUUCGCCCCGCGUCCGGGCAUCGCUGAUCCAUCAAAAUUCCGAUGUUAUUACCAUGCAGCUGGAGUUGCUGGGGACCCGUCUCUCGCAGAACCAGGGACAGGCAAACCCUAGGGCAGCAAACAAUGAAUCUGAUCAAGUACCUUCAAAUGGACAAACGGUAGUAGAUGGACAGACAAUCUCAGAGUUUCUGGAUAACCUUAUGUCGAACCAGGGCCGGAAUCUGACGACUGUUGUUAGCUCGGAUGCCAUGGACAGUGAUGGGCUUUCUAACAUGACCACAAGCGUGUCACCUAGGCCUGGAGACGACAUACUUGAUUCUGAUACUCAGGGACACCUACAAAGCCCGGAAGCAGAAGUGCCAACUGUUGGAGCACCCACAUCAGAACCAGUCAACAUCUUACCGGAAAGUAUAGAAGAGCCGACCCAAACAGACGCACUCCAAUCUACCGAGGUAGAUCGCACCCAAGAAAACGACUUUGACUCCGAAAUAUUCCCUCAUAUCUCCGACCCCAAUAUUCGCCAAAACAUGCCUGCAAAUACCUCCGCAACUGCACAUCGAGUCACAAUUCUUUCCUCUCACCCCGUUGAUUCCUUGGCCUCUCACCUUGCAGCCAUAAUCACUAAUGUGAUGUUCAUACCUCUCGAAUCUUUCUUUCUCCGAUCCCUUGCUGCGUCAUAUCUUGCGGCUAAAGGUGCCCCUGCUGUUCUCCGUUCUGAAGUCCGAGGAAUUGGGUUUUGGACCUGGGGCUCCCGAUCGGAUAUCAUUCCCUACAUGGGCAAAAUUGUUCUUAUGGUUGGAUUACAGGCCGCCGUGAAUGCCAGUGUAUGGGGUAUAUUCUCUGGCGCUGCCAUCAAGAUCGGGAGAAAAUUCUGUGGUUGGGGAGCUCUGUGA